AUAUAGUUCUUACGUCUUACAUACGGCGUUUGCGGAAUUUACAUUUAAAACAAAUUUCAAAACGUUUCCAAGUCUUCCAGAUAUCACACAGAUAUGACUACUUGGAAUGAUUCGCAUAGGGUUACGUCAAUCUAUAAUGUUGGUAUACGAGUACAAGGGAACGAGUGUGAAAUGAUUCUCGUUCAAUUUCCACCAUUCUAGAGAUAUUCCCGUAUAAUGAUCGGUACCGAACGAUUCGUUUCACAAGCUGUUAUCAGUAUGUAUACGCAAAGUGUAAAGAUUAUACAGACAACCACGAAAAAUCGUUGCAUAGUUAACACUGUCGUUUAAGGGUAGUGUUUGGACAACUUCAGCGGUCCAUAUCCUGUUAAUAAUAAUGUAAUGAAGUCGCGCGAAUAACACACGUGCGUAGUGCUUGAAUAAUCACCCUUAUCGCGUGUCGUUCUCACGAGAUUUGCUUAAACCGUAAUCGUAUUUUAUCGUAUAUUCACGCGUUUGUUGACAUAUUUUUUUUUCCAGGCGGGCCUUGACGAAUGGUGAUCCAUCGGGUAGUCUUGAGCACAGCACGAGUAUCAUGGCCCUGCUCGGGGCACUGGCGGCCGCCGGCAGCGGGCGCCAGGGCUGCGUGCUGCGGGUGGCGGCCGACGCGUUAUCACUGUAUUGCGGCGGUGGCGACGGCGGCGGCAGCGGCGGCGAAGGUGACGUAGCUGGCGGCGGCGGCGCGGGCCCGGACGCGGUCACGGACGACGACGGCGAUGCCGUGGCCGACUAUUACCUGAACGUGACCCACGGCCACGGCGGUCAGAUCGGCGACUACUUCAGGCCCAUCCGGUCGGUGGCCAUCGACGACGACGGCUAUAAUUACCGCACCGGCAACCACUCGGCCAUGGCCGCCGUGCUGGCCAACGUGUCCGCUAACGUGGCGGCCGGCCUCGAACCGUUCCUGAACGGGUCGUACAACCACACGACCGAGAACGCCGAUAACUUCACUAACUACUUAUUCGUCGUCACCAUCGGCAUCAUAUUGGGCGCCAUGAUAUUGACCACGAUUUGCGGUAACGCUUUAGUGAUAGCGGCAAUCCUGUUGGAGAGGAAUUUACAAAAUGUGGCAAACUAUCUAAUUGUCUCGCUUGCAGUCGCUGAUUUAAUGGUGGCAUGUCUAGUCAUGCCCCUAGGAGCGGUAUACGAGUUUUUUCGAGGCACAACUUUGUAUUACAAAAACGACGUGAACCCGGGCAAGAUACCGUUACACAGGAAAAACUAUUAGAUCCGUCGUCGUCAUUGGAGCAGCGAUAAAGUUGCGACUCACGGAUUAGCGUUUCCUCGAACACGAAAUCCAAUUAUUUGAAAACCGUUCAACUAUUUAUCGCGUCUGGCAGACUGUUAUGGCUACUACAAUGUUCGUACCUACGUCUAUAUUUGAUGGAUAACGAGUUAAGUCUCACAACCCUUUCCUCCAAGUCAGUGGACAGUGAUACAUAUCGUUGAGACUCCAUACUGUAUGGUAAAAUAUCCUCUCCUCCAUAAGUGUUUACGACUCUAGUAAUUUCUAACCGUAUAAUUCCAUGGAAAUCAUAAGAAAUUUGGAAACUGAGCUUAGAGAAUCCGUCCUUUUAAUUACUGUCAUUCAUGUGUCAAUGGCUUUUAGUUAUAUUUCUAACUAAGUUAUUCGACGAGAUCUACUUCAAAACAAUGAUAAUACAGCGGUUUUGUCACGGUAUGAGUUUUUUUUGUCAACAUGCCUUUGAAAUCAGCCGUCACAGCAAAAUCUGCGGUUUUAGGCCUUAAGCAUCAUGUACAUGAAGUUGACCCUCCCUCAACAAUAACUCAUAAAAAAAAAAUCUAAAUUAUAAACCCUCUCAAAAAUAAAAAUUUUCUACU